AUGAAAAUUGUAUUUUAUUGUUAUGGAACUAGAGGAGACAUACAGCCACAUUUGGUUUUAUCCAAAGAAUUAAAAGAUAAAGGUCAUCAGGUUUUAAUGGUUUGUGGAAAAAGAUUAAAGUACCUUGUUGAACAAUUUGAGUUGGAUUGUGAUGUCAUAGAGGAUGAUGGAUUGGAUUUAUUAUUUUCAACAGAGCUACAAAAAAAAGAUUUGGAUUCUUUUUUGGAUAUUAGAGCAAAUCUAUACACAGAGAAGCCAGAGAUUUUAAACCAAUAUUUGAAGUCUUCAGUCGGAAUGGAUUUAAUUAUACCAUCUGGUUUAUGUAUUGCAGAAGCUAUGACAGUAAGUGAAAAAUUGUCAAUACCAUAUAUACCAGUAUUAUUACAACCUUCAAGAACUGGAGAGCUGGUUUGUUCUUUCUUUUCUAAAAGAUCUUCGUUAUAUUUUUCGUUUUUGAAUAAACUAAGCCAUUCUUUAUUUAUUAAAGGUGUAAGCAAAGUUGAAAAAAGAAGAGUGGAUAGGUGGAGAAAAGAAAUUAUGGGAUUGGGUAGUUUGGAUGAAAAUUUUAUUGAGGUGUUGGCACAAGAUCCAAAUAUGUGUAAUAUCCACGCAUAUGAUAAAAUAUUAUUUCCAAAAGAAUGUGUGCCUAGUGAUUAUCAACCUGGAUGGAAAGUUGUAGGGUUUUUGUAUCCACAAGAACAUAUAAUUAAACACAUACCUGAUAAAUUAACAAAGGGUAAUUUUUUUGAAGAGGAGGAAGAGGAGUGUGAUGUGUCAUAUAAAGACUUACCAAUAGUUUUCGGAUUGGGUAGUAUACCUAUAUCAGAUAGACAAAAGUUGGUUUCAAUUUUAAAAUAUACAAUUGAAAAAUUAGGCACUGAUACAAAAUGGAUUAUAUUAAAUAAUUGGACUGAUUGGGAGGAGGAUUUUGAGUGUGAAAAUGUUAUACAGUUGGAUAAUGUUGAUCAUUUAUGGUUAUUUAGAUAUUGCUCAAUUGCAAUCAUACAUGGUGGUAUUGGUUCAUGUGCUGCUGUUAUGAAAUCUGCCAUACCAUCCAUUGUAACCCAUUUUUAUUUUGACCAACCUAUUAAUGCUAGAAAAUUAGAAGACCUUGGUAUUAGUAUUUCGUUAGACUAUUUUAAAUUAACACAAGAGCAGUUUUUAGAAUCAAUUGUUAAAAUUAAAAAUAAUUACCAAAUAUUUAAGAACCAAUGUCUGCAAGUUGCAUCCAAACUAAAAUUAAAUGCUUUGGAUGAAACUAUAAAUCUAAUCGAAAGUAACUAUAUGGACUCAAGUAGAGACCAAUAA